AUGAACAUCGACACGAACUCGCCCGAAUUCAAGGAGGCCCAGCACCGUGCCAUUGAGUUCUACGACGCGGAGCACGAGCUGACCGUCGACGAGCGGCGCCUGUUGCAGCGCUUUUUCCAGAAAACGGCGUUUUUCGUCAUGGGAUGCUCCACGGCGGGCCUCCUCGCGGGCAUGGGCCUGCCCGUCUACUUCCGCAAGGGGAGCAGGAUCAACGCCAUGCGGGUCGGAUGGGGAGGCGUUCUGGGCAGCAUGGCCGCCACGUGGAUCGGCGCGCCGGCACUCUACCGGCGAGAAGUGCAAAAAGCCAAGGACGACUACGGCUCAGAGUCGAAAGUCUACAACGUUAUCCAACACACGCCGCACGGAGUGUUCCGGAGCUUUUUCUGGUCCUCCUACUUUGCAGAGACCGCUAAAAACCCCGAAUUGCGAAUCAAGGACCCGCGCGACGUGCAGAGCCGGCUUGCCGACGGGGGCGACGAGAACUCAGCCUGGGCCAAGCUCAGACACGCCGAAACAGAUACAAAGCAGCCAGCCCCAGUCCGCACAGAAACUAACUCCUCCGACUCGCCGUUCGACGCCGACCCUCUCGUGGACCCGUCGCCGCAAUCGCAGCCUGCUCGUCCUGCCCGUCUUAUUCCAAACACAGCCAUCGUUCUGGCGAUCGGCCUGGGUCUCUACUCUCUGGACGCCCGGUCUGCCAUCAACGAGUACGUGUGGUGUCCGCUGAUCCGUCUGCUCACAGACGCAGAGACUGGCCACAAACUGGGCGUCUUUAUGCUCAAGUACGGCCUCUCUCCGAAGCUAUUGGCCGACGUCGACGACCCGGUGCUACAGGUGCAGGUUUUCGGCCAGACGCUGUCCAACCCUCUGGGAAUGGCCGCAGGGUUUGACAAGGAGGGCGAGGCCAUUGACCCGCUGCUGGACCUCGGUUUCUCGUACGUCGAGAUCGGCUCGGUCACCCCAUUUCCUCAGCCGGGUAACCCUGCCCCCCGUUUUUUCAGGCUGGGCAAGGACGACGCGGUGAUCAACAGAUACGGGUUCAAUUCCUCCGGACACUGGGCUGUGCUCGGCAGACUGCGCCAGCGCUACGAAAGGCUGUUUGCGAAGAACCCUGGCUGCGCCAACAACUCGUUUAGAGACGACAAGCUGCUGGGCAUCAAUCUCGGCAAGAACAAGACCGGCGACGAGGUGCAGGACUAUGUGGCUGGCGUGCAGCGGUUUGGGGAGUACGCGGAUGUGCUAGUGAUCAACGUGUCGUCGCCCAACACCCCGGGUUUGCGCGAUUUGCAGAAUGAGGCCAAAUUGACCACGCUGCUCACUCAGGUGGUUGCAGAAAGAAACUUGCUACCGGGAAAAAUCACCGACAGGACCACCAAGCCGCCGGUGUUGGUGAAGAUCGCGCCAGACCUGACGGAGCCGGAAAUUGAGUCGAUUGCCAAGGCUGCGAAACAGGCCAAGGUUGACGGGAUUAUUAUGUCCAACACCACGGUCCAGAGACCGAAGGACAGAAUGCUCACCACAGACGAGAACUUGCUUAACCAGGCCGGUGGAUUAUCGGGGAAACCGCUAAAAGAGAUCUCCCUGAAGGCCUUUAGACUGCUUAGAAAGCACACCAAGGACAGCGGCCUCGUUCUCGUCGGAUGUGGAGGAAUCAGCUCCGGAAAGGACGCUCUGGAUUUCGCCAGAGCAGGAGCCACUUUUGUCCAGCUAUACACUGCCUUUGCCUACAGGGGCCCGGGUCUCGCCAGAAAGAUCAAAGACGAGAUCACCGAGGAGCUGAAGAAGGAGAACAAGACCUGGAUGCAAGUGGUUGGCGAGGACGAUAAAUAG